GGGUACCGACGCCCGCCGGACGCGCUGACGCAGUUCACGGAGCGACCGCAGAGCCCGAACGUGACGGUGUCGCCCGAUCGAAGGCGCUUGCUGUAUUUGCACAAACCGCCGCCGCUGCCGGACGUGGCGACGCUCGCGCGAGAGGAGGUGAAACUGGCGGGCGUGCGGAUCGAUGCGGCGCAAAAUUCGACGUCGAGGAUGGGACAUCAAACGAAAUUGGCGAUCGGAGCGAUGCCUGCGAGAGAGGAGGAGAUCGGAGCGGCGGAAGAUUUCGUCGGGACUCCGGAGAACGCGCUGAUUAACUACGUGAGUUGGUCGCCGGAUGGGACAAAGAUAGCGUUUACGACGCGCUCGAGCGGAGAACCGGGUGAGCCAGAGCGAGGACCGUUGACACUUUGGAUCGCCGACGCGCACACGCGACAGUGCCGAGUGCUGCUUCCCGAUCGUGGGUUGAAUACUAUUUUUGAGUCGUACAGUUGGUUGAACGACGACGUCAUCGUCGCGUGUUGCAUUCCAGAAAAUCGACCCAAGGAAGCGCCGAAGCGACCGCAGACGCCGUUCGGGCCGAGAAUUCAAACAAACCGAGGUGGUAACGUGGCACAGGCGCGAACGUACGCCGAUUUAUUGAAAGACUCGCACGAUGCGGAUUUAUUCGAUUACUAUUGUUCGUCGGAACUCGUGGCGGUGGACGUCUCCACCGGGGCGACGAAGACUUGGGGUGAUGGAAAGGCGAGAAUCUACACGCGCUGCGAUCCGUCGCCCGACGGAAAAUAUGCUAUCGUCGAAGCCAUUCAUCGGCCCUACUCGUACUCGGUGCCGUGUGGUAGGUUUCCAAAGAAGGUUUGGGUGGCGGACAGCGACGGCAAAGUCGUGCGCGAGGUCGCGGACUUACCUUUGGCCGAGAAUGUGCCCAUCGUGCACAACGCCACGCGUAAAGGACCUCGUGCGGUGAACUGGCGUUCGGAUAAGAGUGCGUCGUUGUACUGGACCGAGGCGCAAGAUGAGGGUGAUCCGAGAGUCGAAGUCUCCCCUCGAGACGUCACGUACACGGUCGACGUCGGCAAAGAUCCUGCGGCGACGCCCAAGACGCUGUUUCAAACUGAUUAUCGCUACGGUGGCGUCGCAUGGGGCGGCGAUGAUAUGUCGAUUUUAUAUGAGAGUUGGUACAAGACACGCACGUCGCGAGUGUGGGUGACUUCGCCGGGCGACGCCGAUCCGAAUGCGACAAAGCGCAUGCUUUGGGAGCGCGACUACGAAGACAGUUACAACGCUCCCGGUUCAUUUGCUACACGCCGGACGGAAGAUGGAUCGUACAUUCUGGCGCGUGUCGUCGGACCGACGCCGUUGGGAGAAGGUAAACCCACGGGUCCGGGAGUGAAGCUGUUGUUGCAGGGAGACGGCGCGAAUCCAGAAGGCGAUAGACCCUUCAUCGACUUGUUCGACGUCGACACCGGCGCCAAGCAUCGAAUGUGGGAAAGCAAACCGCCGUAUUUGGAGCAUCCGGGGAGUUUGAUCAGCGAUUACGGCGGCCCCGAGGCGGCGCCUGUCACGCUCGAAACUAUGCGCAUAUUGUUCUCUCGAGAGAGCCCGUCGGAGAAUUCGCAAUUCUUUUCGCUUCAAAUGACCGCCGACGGCUCGCCCGGAAAAGAGGUGAAAAUUUCAAAUUUCCCUCAUCCACAUCCCGACUUAAAGGAGCUGCCGAAGGAAAUAAUCAAGUACAAGCGCGACGACGGCGUUGAGCUCAACGGCACGCUGUACACGCCGCCCGGGUACGACGCCGCGCACGAUGGUCCGCUACCACUCCUGAUGUGGGCUUAUCCACGAGAGUUCAAAACAAAAGAAGCUGCAUCGCAGCUACGCGAUUCACCGUAUCGCUUCACCGGUAUCGGCCCAUCGAGCGCGUUGGUGUGGCUUGCGCGUGGAUACGCAGUGCUCGACGGGCCGGCGUUGCCCAUCAUCGGCGAAGGCGAGGGUGUGGAACCGAACGAUACGUACGUCGAACAACUCGUCGCUGGCGCGCGUGCGGCGGUGAACGAAGUCGUUGCGCGCGGUGUCGCGGAUCCGGAGCGCAUCGCUGUCGGCGGUCACUCGUAUGGCGCGUUCAUGGCGGCGAAUUUGCUCGCGCACGCACCGGAUUUGUUCGCGUGCGCCAUCGCGCGAAGCGGGGCAUACAAUCGAACGCUAACGCCUUUCGGGUUUCAAGCCGAAGAACGCACGCUGUGGGAAGCGCCGGAAACGUACAACGCGAUGUCACCGUUCAUGAACGCGCACAAGAUUAAAAAGCCGAUUUUAUUGAUCCACGGCGAGGAGGAUCAAAACAGCGGUACCCAUCUCAUGCAAUCCGAACGCUUCUUCUCCGCUCUCAAGGGUAACGGUGCCGAGGUCAAGCUUGUCAUUUUACCGCACGAGUCUCACGGCUAUCGCGCCAAAGAAAGCAUCAACCACAUGCUCGCCGAGACGUCUGAUUGGCUGGACGCGCACUGCGCGCCAGGGGCGAAGAAAGCC